AUGGCGCCGCAACGCCUUGAGACCGCGUCCUGGUCACUGCAGCCAAGCUUCACCCCGCAGAAGAGGCCCGUGCUCUUGCUCGUCAACGACAGUCUUCCGACGGCAGUGAACGGCAUCAUGACAGUCAUGCGCAGCCUCGAAGCCGCCGCGAUUGGCGCUGGCUACGACGUCGUGCACCUCGACCCCACGCAGUUCCCACACCGAAGCUGUCCGCUCUACCCUGAGUUCAAACUCUCUUGGCCAGCGACGAUUGGCGCCAAGAUACGCGCCGCCAAACCCAGCUACAUCCACAUCGUGACCGAGGGGCCGCUCGGAGUCGCGGCCGCCCUCUAUUGCAUGUGGAACAACUUGGCCUUCAAUAGUGCGUACCAUACGCGUCUUCCCGAGUACACGGCUGCGCUUUCGGGUCUUCCGGAGUCCCUCUGCAACUACGUCGUUCAGGCGUACGUCCGCUGGUGCCACCGCGCGUCCCACUGCGUGCUUACGACAACGCCAGCGAUGGCACACGCCCUCGCCUCCUACGGCCUGCAAGUGCCGAUUGCCACCAUGCCAUUUGGUGUCGACCGACGCCUCUUUCGCCCGACCAUACGCCGAGCACGCGAGACGACAACCGCCCACGGACCGAUCCUGCUGAGCUUUGCAAUGACGUCCACAGUGGUUGCCGAGCGCAUCAGUGCCCGCCUGAGCAUCAACGAGGCCCAAGCUCCUUCGACCACGUCGCCGCUUGCUCUGGGUGGCGCUGGGAGAAAUCCUUCUCCUUGCCACUGCUCGGAUGCUGAAGGCCAACGCUGCGAUGCAUGCAAGGACGUGAAGCGCGAGCCGAGGAUACCGGCAUCAGCGCACGUCGCGAUCGGCUCUCACGACCGCCCAGAGCCCGACCUACAGCACAACUUUGUUCCCGCCUCGUACUUUACUCUCUCGCCGCGCGAACGCCCGAGCUUCGAGGGCUUGGAGUUUGUACCGGCGUCAUUGGUCGAGCCACGACCUUACGACCACCACGCUGCGUCGUACUGUGCAUGCUGCGCCUUGGACGAGCAUCAGAUCUUACUGCCUGCCUCGGCGUGCGGCCCAGAACCGUACCCGAGUGCACAUGCGGCGAGCUUCGACUGGUCGACCUUUGUACCGGUAGUGCCCUACUCGCCACGCGGCGUCUCGUCCGCACUCUAG